UAAAAGAGAUGCGAAUGUGAACAUGGUGGUUUUUGGCUACUCGCACCAGACAGGAGACCAUCAGAAAAUUUCUAGCGACUGUGGUUGGUUACCUGGUUUUCAGCCGUCCGUUCCUCACCCCUAUGUGCCCCCACGUCAUCAGAACAGCACUCAAGCUGAGCUCCUUGAGGAUUAUUACCAGAGUGGAAGAAUGCUGCUGAGGAUGUCUCUGGCAUUGGGACGAAUCGUCCUCGCAGGACGGGAAAUGACAAGAUUAGCAGGCUGUGGCCUCUAUUCGGUGGAUGUCUGACCAAACCUGAACGAGGAAGAUAUUUUAUGUACUUCUGAUUAUGUUCUGCCCAGCUGUCUCUGUUCCUGUAGUGUGAUCACAUUUCAGCACCUUUUGAUUUGUAGAAUCAAUAUAUCCUGAGUUGUGGUGUCAGUAAUUUAUUUGUAGCACAAUAUCUUACAUAGAGACCAUAUGACUUUGGGAACGUUACGGGACCAAGUCAUUUACCCAGACACUCCAGAACACCGGAAACGUAAAGGUAUUCCUGAUAAGGUAUUGAAGGAAUACCUUGACAAUGUGCAGCUGGGUUUGGAACGUGAAGGCGGCUGGGACAGUGUUCAAGACUGGAUGUACUGAGUGGGGGCAAAAAGCAGAGGAUGGCAGUACGUAUUUGAUCUUGGUUUUAAUUUACAGACUACAGAAUUCUGAUUUUCUAGCAUUGUAAAUGUGUCCAUUUAUGGGCUGAGCUGGUGUGUUCAGUGGAUGAGACACACUGCGAUACUAGGAUUACAGAGGAAUUGGAUUUAACUUUCAAUAUUCUGUUUUUGACCACUAAUAAAUCCAUCCAACUAUCUCCAAUUUGUACUUGCUCAACAAUGAAAAAAAAACUUAGUAAAACUUUAUAAUAAAAGCAAGUCUGGGUAAUCUAACUUCAAAUUCACAUUUUCUGAAAUUUAUAUUUUUCACUGUGGCUAUUAUAGAGUUAUCCAAU